AUGUCACGGGCUAGUAGCCGGUUCAACCUAUAUAAUAGAUUUGGACUAAAAGAACUCGCUGAAGAGCUUCUAUCUACGACCGCGGCGGCCGAACAGCCCUCUUCAAGCUUAAUAAUCCCUCCACUUUUCCCGAUACAGCAGUCGAAUCCCAUUCAGUAUUUUGAUGAGAAAGACUGCAAAUUUCGGGUGAAAAGUUUUUCGCGUUCCCGCGUUCCGGCAGCUCGGGCUGCCUGGAACCACCAACAACGCAGUUCCCGCGUUCUGCCUCCCGUUACCGCCACCCACCACCGAAGCCCCGACACCAACCCCCAACACCAACCCCCAACACCGCAACGCCCGAACACCGCCAACAGCGCCGUUCCCGCGUUCUGCCUCCGGCGACCACCACCCCCACCGAAGCCCCAAUACAAUUCCCAAUACCGCAACGCCGAACACCACCAACAACGCAGCUCCCGCGUUCUGCCCCCGUUACCAACACCGCAACGCCUGAGCACCGCCAACACCAACCCCCAACACCGCAACGCCUGA